AGCGGUGACGGAAUGCCACCCCCGGGGACGAGCAGAUUCUUGGCCGAGCAGCUGUCCGCACUGCGCAUCGUCGAACCGACACCGUUCCCAUUUCGUCCGGUCAACAACGAAGACGUCGACGAGAAGUUGAACGACGGUUCUGCAGAAUCGCGAUGUUUAGUCAAUAAUACAGCUGCUCAUUGGCAUUUGAAGGAUAUUAUCAUGAAUCAGGUGCGAUUCGCCACCUCCACUAUGACAAGGCGACCUGCCAUUGCCGAAGGCAUGGAUCUGGCUGGCGGUGGUCCCGGUGACGAUGAAGAAGGGACGAGUUUCCGUUCGCGUCUUCGCCUUGCUCUACCGCAUAUAGCACUAAUAUCGACUACCCUGCUUUAUGUGUUUGUUGGAUCUCUCGUCUUUGCUGCCAUCGAGCGACCACACGAACUCGAUCGACGGAACGAGCAUGUGAAAGCAAUACGAAAAGCUGAGGAAGCUAUCAAAGCCUAUGACAUGGAAUCGGAUCCACAUAACGAGACAGCGCUUCAGCUUAUAGAUCAUCUCACUGAAGUGACUUUUUUGGCGUUUGAAGCUGGCUUAAAGCCAAGUGACCUACGCAAUAGCAGUUUCAAUUCACGAUGGAGUCUAGCGUCAUCAUUAUUCUUCACUACAACUGUGCUGACAUCUAUAGGAUAUGGUCAUUUGAUUCCAAUAUCACCCGAAGGGCAAAUAUUGUGCAUGUUCUAUGCUAUACUAGGGAUUCCGCUGACUUUGAUAACCAUAGCAGACGUGGCUAAGUUCUUGGCAGAUUUUCUUGGAAGGCCCGGAGAUAGUCCAUUGGGAGAGGUUUCCGGUUCAAGACGCUUGACAGUCCUGCUUAGCCUGUUUGGCUAUAUGACGUUGGCUGCUUGGGUUUUCACCUUUUAUGAAUCUGGCUGGUCGUUUUUGGAUUCGUUCUACUUUUGUUUGAUCUCACUGAUGACGGUCGGAUUUGGUGAUCUGUAUCCACAAGGUGAUAUGGAGUACAUGCUAGCAUCAAUAGUGUUUUUGUUCGUUGGACUGGUGCUGACGACGUUGGCCGUGGAUGUGAUGGGUUCGGCAUGCAUCGAACGAAUCCACUCGAUCGGUCGCGGUUUGGACGCGAUGGCGCUGCUACGGGCCCUCAAAAGCGCCAAAGGAGUGAUUGGCAACAAGUCCACGGCCGCGCCGCCCCCUCCGCUGUGGUUCGCGUUUGUACCCAAGGACGCGGCUGCGAUUCCGUACAUUGACGAUGCGGAUGCGGCGCGUGCUGUUGCUGCUCGUGAGAACUCAACCGCUAAGGGCUCAGCUAAGGGUCCGAACGGUGCAAAACCCCGCCGAUGA